CUACCAAAAGAAACUUCCCCAAAUUCAUUCAGAUUAGCAUAAUAUUAACAAAGUCCAUGUUUAACCCAACUCACCUUAGCCCUGUCUUGUCCCAAAUUCCCAAUAGCUAAAUCAAAUUUCCCUUCUUCAAUCUUCCCAGUGUUGACUGAUUUCCUCCCUUGUUCCCUCGGUGUGACCCCCCUCUACCCCCACCCCACCCCCCCGCAUCGGGGUCGCGCCAAUUCACACACCCAAAAAUCCCCAAUUUAGAUCGUAAAAAGAACACCUUUUUUCAGAUCAUCAAUCAAUGGCGACAGAGAUGGCAACCCCAGAUGCAGAAGGACUCGACGGAAUCCGCAUGACAUGGAAUUCCUGGCCAAGAACAAAAGUCGAAGCUAGCAAGUGCGUCAUCCCAAUCGCAACAUCAAUUCACUUGAUCCGCCCACAUAACGAAAUCCCCACACUCCCUUACACACCUCUCAAAUGUAAAACUUGUUCUUCAAUCCUUAACCCAUUUGCACGUGUUGAUUUCCAAGCAUUAAUCUGGAUCUGCCCCUUUUGUUUCCAACGUAACCAUUUCCCUCAACAUUAUUCUGGUAUUUCCGAAACUAAUGUCCCUGGUGAAUUAUACCCACAAUUUACAACAAUUCAAUACACUUUAAACCAACAAAACCCGGAUUUUUCAACGUUUUCGUGUGUUUAUUUGUUUGUGUUGGAUACUUGUAUGUUAGAAGAGGAAUUGGGGUUUGCGAAAUUGGAGUUAAAAAGGGCUAUUGGGAUGUUACCUGAUAAUGCUAUGGUUGGGUUUAUAUCGUAUGGUACACAGGUGCAAGUACAUGAAUUGGGGUUUUCGGAUAUGUCUAAGGUUUAUGUUUUUAGGGGAUCGAAAGAGUUGUCGAAAGAUCAAGUUUUGGAUCAGUUGGGGCUCGGUAAACGAGGUGGAGUUGGGCCCGGUAUGAUGCAGAAGGGUGGUGGAUCGAAUCUUGGUGUUACGAGAUUCUUGUUGCCCGCUUCGGAGUGUGAAUAUACCUUGAAUUCUUUGUUAGAUGAAUUGAGUACGGAUCAAUGGCCGGUCCCACAGGGGAAUAGAGCAUUACGAUGUACUGGUGUUGCUUUGAGUGUAGCAGCUGGAUUGCUUGGAGCUUGUAUGGCUGGUGCUGGUGCUCGGAUUGUUGCCUUAGUUGGCGGUCCUUGUACAGAGGGACCUGGGACGAUUGUAUCGAAAGAUCAAUCAGAACCAGUUCGUUCUCAUAAGGAUCUGCACAAGGAUGCAGCACCCUUUUUCAAAAAGGCAGUCCAUUUCUAUGAGGAACUCGCAAAGCAGCUUGUUAGUCAAGGUCACGUCUUGGAUGUGUUUGCUUCAGCACUUGAUCAGGUUGGGGUUGCUGAGAUGAAGGUAGCUAUUGAAAAAACCGGAGGACUAGUUGUUCUAGCUGAAAGUUUUGGUCAUUCUGUUUUCAAAGAUUCUUUCAAGCACAUCUUUGAAGAUGGUGAACAGUCUCUUGGGCUGUCCUUCAACGGUACAUUAGAGAUCAACUGCUCCAAGGAUAUUAAAAUUCAAGGGAUAAUUGGACCAUGCACAUCUUUAGAGAAGAAAGGACCUGCUGUUUCCAACACGGUUAUCGGUGAGGGGAAUACUACAGCUUGGAAGCUGUGUGGUCUUGACAAAAACACUUGCUUAACUGUUUUCUUUGAUGUUUCAUCUAGUGAGAAAUCAGACUCAUCAGGCAAUAUAAAUCCGCAAUUGUACAUACAGUUUCUCACGAGUUACCAGAGCCCUGAUGGUCAAACAAAACUACGAGUUACGACUAUUACUAGAAGAUGGGUUGAUGCUGCUGUUAGCAAUGAGGAAUUGGUGCAAGGAUUUGAUCAAGAGACUGCUGCGGUUGUAGUGGCUAGAUUAGCUUCUUACAAAAUGGAGAUGGAGGAAGAUUUUGAUGCCACAAGGUGGCUAGAUCGUAAUCUCAUUCGUCUGUGCGCCAAAUUUGGUGAUUAUCGGAAGGAUGACCCCAGCUCAUUCACUUUGAAUCCCUCUUUUUCAUUGUUCCCUCAAUUCAUGUUUCAUUUACGGCGAUCCCAGUUCUUACAGGUGUUCAAUAACAGUCCAGAUGAGACAGCAUAUUUCCGCAUGUUGCUCAAUCGGGAGGGCAUAAGCAAUGCUGCUGUCAUGAUUCAGCCAACACUAACGGCAUUUUCAUUCAAUUCACUACCUUCCCCUGCUUUGUUGGAUGUGGCAUCCAUUGCAGCUGAUCGCAUUCUCUUGUUGGAUGCUUAUUUUAGUGUAGUUAUUUUCCAUGGAAUGACAGUAGCUCAAUGGAGAAACAUGGGAUACCAGAACCAGCCUGAGCACCAGGCAUUUGCACAACUGUUGCAAGUUCCCCACGAUGAGGCCCAAGCAAUCAUCCGUGAGAGGUUUCCUGUUCCAAGACUGGUAGUGUGUGAUCAGCAUGGCUCCCAGGCAAGAUUCCUUUUGGCAAAGUUGAAUCCAUCUGCUACGUACAAUAAUGCAAAUGAUAUGGCAGCUGGAUCAGACGUUAUCUUUACAGACGAUGUGAGCCUUCAAGUGUUCUUUGAGCAUCUUCAGCGGCUGGCUGUGCAAUCUUCUUGACACAAGAAGAAAGAUGGAGCUUUACUGUUAAUGCUUGUCUCGAUUAUGUGAAAAUCUCAUUGAGUUUGCCUCAUCUAUCCUGCCAGCCUCUUGUCGGUUCAUAAUUUUCUUCCCAUCAUCCGUAAGAUGAGAUGUCAGACCCAGAUAUUAUUUGGAAAACUAGGACUACAUAUGACAUUCUUUCAGGUACAAGGAGGUACUUUUGCUUCCUAUGAAAAUAAAGGGUAAUGCGACUCAUUGUUCUCUAUAUCUAUAGUUAUAUAUGGGAAGGGGGUUAUGUUUUUUCUCCCUCAGGCUGUUGAAUGAGAAGAUAGUUUAACUUCGUUUUUGGUUAGUUAUUACCAGGCAAAGAGUUUGUGUUUGCUUUUGUAUUGAAUUCGUAGUUGUAGUUUAUUAAGGUUUGUAGGAUAGAAAGUUUUUGAAAAUAUUUGCUCAUUUUGGACUUCAUUCAUAAUUUAAAGUAUCUGAUACACAUCUAUGGACAA